GGCACUCCUUGUUGUUUCCAGUAGUGAAUGGUUGUCACGGGGUGGAGUUCACUUCCAUCAUGAGGAUCGAGCUGCUUACCUGUGGAGUCCUGCUCCUGGCCCUCUCGGCUCCAGGAAGUUAUGCACAGAUAAGUGGGUCGCGGGGGGUGCUGGUGCCUAUCUCAAGCGGUCAACGGGCAAUCAGGCAGGGCACACCCUGGACAGAGAGCCAGUCCAUCGCAGUUUGUGGCGUCGCUCCACUCAACACAAAAACCAGGAUUGUUGGGGGUCAGGAUGCGACUGCGGGGGCGUGGCCCUGGCAGGUCAGCCUAUUCAGAGGGGGACAUUUCUGUGGCGGCUCUCUGAUCAACAGCCAGUGGGUUCUAACAGCCGCCCACUGCUUUCCCAGCACCAGCACUGCAAAUUUGAUUGUUUAUCUGGGACGACAUACUCAGAAAAUCCAGAAUCCCAAUGAGGUUUCCAGCACAGUGUCCCAGAUAAUCAAACAUCCAAACUACGACAGCCAAACCAACGACAACGACAUCACCCUGCUGCAGCUGUCCUCUCCUGUGACCUUCACCAACUACAUCACACCCAUCUGUCUGGCAGCAUCAGGCAGCUACUUCCCCGCUGGGCUGGACAGCUGGGUCACGGGCUGGGGAUACAUCAGAAGUGACGUUCCCCUACCAUCCCCUCAGGCACUGCAGGAAGUGAAUGUCCCUAUAAUGUCCAAUUAUCAGUGCAUGGCUGACUACAGCCCAGACCCAAUCACAAGCAACAUGAUUUGUGCUGGUCUGCCUCAAGGAGGAAAAGACUCCUGUCAGGGGGACUCUGGAGGCCCAUUGGUUGCAAAAAAUGUCACUCGGUGGGUCCAAGCUGGAAUUGUGGGUUUUGGAAAUGGCUGUGCUCAGCCGAACUUCCCGGGAGUCUACACACGUGUAUCUAUGUACCAGUCCUGGAUCAACAGCCAGAUCACCGGUGAUCAGCCAGGCUACAUCAACUACGGGACCGACUCCAAAUCAGCAGCUCACGUCAUCUCCCUCUCAGUCCCUCUGCUGCUGUCCGUCUUACUCUCACUGUUAGUCCUCUUAUGAGCCUCUGUGAUGUUAGCUGUGAACUUUUUUAAUUUAAUGAGCAAAAAAUGGAAAGUAUUUUAUGUUGCUCCAAUUGCUCCUCUGGUACCAUGUAUUUCAACUGUGCUACCUUGACCCCUCAGCUGAUGAGCUCGGUUAAAUCACUUGAUGUAAAAAUUGAUGCUUCACACAGUUUUGUUUAUCACGUAAUUCUGGUUGUGAGUUCUUCAUCUUAUCACCCAAGACGAUAAGCUCAGGGAAAGCCUUUUAUUUUCUAGUGGGAUUGGAAAACAGUCAUCCACGCCUUUGUAACUUCACAUUUGGAUUAUUGCAACUCCCUAUUAAUAGAGGUUAGUCAGAACACUCUGUCUUGCCUGCUCCUGGUGCUAAAUGCUGCAUCACGUUUUUUAACUGGCAAAAGAACAUUUGAGCAUAUUCCUCCAAUCAUGGCCUCUUUACUUUUGCUCCAACUGAUUUUAGAGAUGGAUUUAAAAUACUUUUAUUGGUGUUUAAAGGUAUAGUUGAUUAUAUUCGGUCACUCUGAGUUUUUCAUGCAAGCUGAAAGUGAAAAUACUCUUCCACACCUAUCUCCUGCAUUAGCUUCUGAAGGAAGAUAUACUGUGAAAAUCUAGUACUUGAAAAUUCGCGCAGCUCUACGUCAUGCUGUGAAUAAGCAUUCAUAGACUCACCAAUCUUAAUUCACAUUGGAGAAGGCUGUUGUAUUAUCAUCCGGUAAUUAGCAGCAGAAGUCUUGGAUACUUUAAGCUAACCGUUAGCGUUAGCAACUUCACCACACGGCAGACGCUUCUGCAGGCUUGUUUUACUUGUGUAGAUAAAACAUCCAUGUUGCAAGUCAGUGGUAGAGUCGCAUUGCCGUUAUCCAGUUUGGGGUGAGACGUCCAAAUAUCAGCAAAGGCUCCAAAACCUGCCGUCUGAAGCUCAGCUGUGAUGUGGGAACUUUUAGGUUGGAGAUAAUAUGCACCAGUAUGUUUGCUGAAGAAGAAGAAGAAGAAGAAGAAGAAGAAGAAAUCAUUUCUAUAGCGCUUCUCAAGUAAAAAUUACGAGGUGCUUCACAAAAACAAAAAAUGUAAAAAAUAUAAAAAAGCAUUUAGAAAAUGGUUAAAAAUGUAUAAUGAGCAAAAAAUAGACAAUUGUGAUAAAAAUAUGUAAAGAAAGAGAGAGAGUGAACAGGAAAGAGGGAAAUCAGUGGAUCCUGAGGAAGGUGGAAUAGGUGGGGAGAGCAGAAUAAAGAGAGUGGUGAAGAAGGUCAUACAAAAGUCAGCUUGAACAGGUGAGUCUUCAGCUGCUUUUUAAAGGAGACCACUGAGUCCACUGAUCUCAGGCUCAGGGGGAGAGAGUUCCAGAGUCUGGGGGCCACAGCAGCAGAUUAUCUGUCACCUUUGGUCUUUAGCCUGGUGCUGCACAACCAGUAGGCUUUGAUCACUGGACCUCAGGGACCUGCUGGGGGUGUAGGGACUAAGAAGAUCACCAGUGUAAGAUGGUGCUUGUUCUCCCUGGGACUGACUUACAAGGCAUUCAUUCUUACUAGAGACUUCUGCAAAUAUAUUGAUUAAGCAAGUCACCCACUCCUUCAAGUCAUUAAAUGAUUUGGCAUAUGUUAACUUGUCCAGUUUGCUUUAGCCUUAUGUCCCCUUCUUCACUCCGGUUAGUUGAUCAGCUGUUACAGAGCAAGGCUACAGAGCUUUAGACCUAAAGAGACCAAGCUUUCUCGGUUAUGGCUCCAUGGUCUUCACCAGACAGUCUUCUGUGGUGGCAGUCUUUAAAUCCAAACUUACUUUUAUUAGCUGAUUUUUAGUUUAGUUGGCAUCUGACUGUUAUCUUACCAUGUAUGCUUUGUUUUGUUUUUGUUGUACCUUUUAAAUUUGUGCUGUAAAGCCCUUUUGUGGACCACAUAUUGUUUUUAAAGUGAUAAACAAAUAAAUGAUGGUAUGGUUUAGAUAAAUUAAAUCAAGUAAUCUUUUUAAAAAUGUAUAAUUAAAUAUUGACAUUUUUCAGGAAGUAAAUUGUUGGCAUAAAGUGUCAUGUUAGAUUUAGUUUUUUUUAAUAAUCACUAAAUACUCCCAAAACCAUACAAAACAAUCAAACCAAGUUAAAGUAGAUCAAAAUCAUAAUCUUUUUCAGAAAUUUAAGAUGUAACAAAAAAGCAAUAAAACAAUCAUAAAAUCAAAGUAGAAAUUAAUUUGAACAGAAUAAAGAUAUUUUAGAAACACAAUGAAAAAGCAGAUAUUGUUCAGUAAUUCAGGCUGACAUGUUUAGUCCCAGUUUGAAUAAAAUACUUUUCAAAUUCAUAGUUUUUUAUUCUGUAAUUAAAUCAAUAAUAAACAGUUGAGUCAGCUUUGAGAGCUUACACAUUUGUUUCUUUUGGGUUUAAUUAAUGAGGAUUUAAAUAUGAAUUAAUUAUAAGGACUGAUUGUAGCUAUUUUGGUACUCUUUAGGUUCUAGAGAAAUUCAUCCUGAUUUUGUCCUGAAGCUGAUGUUUGCUGAUGUCUAAGUGGAAAAUCUCAGGAAGGAUGUAUUUGGAAUAUGUUUGUGAAGUUUCUGAAGUGUAAAUACUAAAAGCUUGCAUUAAUGAA